AUGGGUGAGCGAGCCCACCACGGAGCCCAAGUAUGCUCUGGCACCAACCCCAGGAAGUGCCAGGACCUAGGAGACUCAAUCCUUCUGAUUCUGGGCAGCUUCAUCUUGCUCAACGUGGGGAUCAAUGUGGUGACUCUGCUCUGGAGGCAUCUGAAGAGCUCCUUGCGGAUUCUUUUCCAUCAUUUUUACCCCAAAGACAAGCAACCCAGCUACACAGGCGGACAUCCCAUGUGCACGCACUGCUCCAUGGACGCCAAGAACCUGUGUUCGAGAGUCUCCUCCCGCUUCCACGGGCGCCCGGGCUUCCUGGUCGGGUACCCCAACCACCUCAACUCCUGGAUACCAGACACGAAUGACGAGAAGGCUUCUGGGUGCUGCUGGAUGCCGCCUCAGUGUGGGCACGCCGGGGCUCCCAUGGACGCUCCCGGGGGACCGUGGAAGGAGGGGGUGAUGGGGGCUGGGGAGGCCCCUCAGGUCACAGCCUUAAAGGCCCGGGCCCGCUUCAACUCCAGGCACCAGGCACCUUCCCAGUUCCCCAGGAUGAGCAAGGCGGACAUGGUUCCCCUCCUCUUGCCCCACGAGAGCAAGACCAACACCCCAGACUAUGACCCAGCCCAUGCCCCGGCCCAGACCCAGACCCACUCCCCAGCCCACACCCCUGAGCACAGCACCCCCAAGGCCCAGGCCCAGGCCCACACCCAGACCUCCCGCCGAGCCCACGCCCCUGAGCCCACCACCUGUCAGGCCCACAGCUCCUCCCUAGCCCACGCCCCUGAGCAUACCACCCCCCAGGCCCAGACCUGCUCCCCAGCUCACACCCUUGAGCAUAACCUGCCUCAGGCCCAGAUCCAUUCCCUAGCCCAAGCCCCAGAGUAUAAACCCCUCCAGGCCCGUACCUGCUCUGCAGCCCUCACCCCUGAGCACAUCACCCCCCAAGCCCAGACCUGCUCCCCAGCCCAUGCUGCCGAGCACACCCCUGUCCUGGUCCAUGGCCCCGAGCACACCUCAGUCCAGGACCAUACCUACUCCCCAGGCUUCACCCCUGAGCACACUCAGCACACCCCUGCCCAGGCCCGCGGCCCUGAGCACACCUCAGCCCGUCCCCUGGGUCACACCCCUGAGCCCGUAAUAGCCCAUGCCCCGGCCUGCACUCCGGCCCAUGCUCAUCUAACCUAUACCCAUGUCCCUCACCCCCUGGUCCCUGCUCCCACCUCUGCCCCAGCCCCUCCCCCAGCUCCUGUCCCAAUCUCUAGGCCAACCCCCGACCCAGCUCUGGUCAUGACCCUGACUACCACUCCUGUCUCGGUCACCACCCGUACCCCCAUCCUAACUCGUAUUCCCUCUACCCUGACGGCCUUCGGCCAAGGCCUCUCCACAGGCCACGUAGUCUACGAUGCCCGCAGGAUGAAACAGAAUGUGUGCCACGUGUGUCCCCCGCUAAAAUUUGGGUAUUCCAGAAGGGACGUGGGCACCCUCCCCAGGCCCCAAGAGGGGCAGGGUCUGGGCGGCUCUGGGACAGCUGAGCCAACAUCGAAGCAACACAGUGGGGACUGUGCCAAACCGCCCCCCACAGGCUCCGUGCUGGGCUACCUGGAGCUGGGGAAUGUAGAAUGGAAGAUCUCAAAUGAUGCCAAAGACAAGUUCUUACAGCCCAAGACCUUCCCUUAUUUCAGCUUCCAUCCCUGCAGUUCUGAGAGGAGAAACACAGACUCCCAGACUUCGGUCUACCCCAAACUCCUGGUCUACUCCAAGGAUGCCACACCUUCUCAACCUUGCUUUCAUUCUCCAACCGGUGCCCAGAGCUCACUGAGCACCAUCCCUCCCCCAUGCACUCUUUCUCUGCCUCUUACGUCUCCCAGAUCCUUUGUCCCUCAUCAACCCUCCAACCACCAGAAGCCCUCCACCUCAAUGCAACCCCCCACCUUCCCCCCAACCUCCAAGUCUUCUCAGUCCAUCCCCUCUUCCCAGUUCCCCAUCCCUCCACAGUUCUCUAAGACUUUCCGACCCCCAAUCCAACCCCAACCCCCUGAACUUCAGGGGAGUCGAGGCCUCAACCAAGUUUCUGGCCUCCGAAGGACUUCAAGCCCUCCAAAGGACUUGAGAGUUCCCAGGAACCCAGGCCUUACCCAAAAUCCAGGCCUCUACAAGAACCCAGGCCUUGUUCAAGAUCCAGGCCUAAACAAGCCCCCAGGCCUUAUUCAAGACCCUUAUCUCUGCAAGAGUCCAAGCUCUUCCCAAGAUUCUGGACUUCACAAGAAUCUGGUCAUUACCCAAGAUUCUGGCCCCCAAAAGAGCCUAGGUCCUACUCAAAAUGCAGGUAUCUUUAGAAGCCCGUGUCUCGCCCAACCUUGUGGCCUCCACAAGAACAUACCAUUUCCCCAAACUUCUGACAUUCAGGGGAGCUCAGGCUUUAUGCAAAACUCUGGAGUCUAUAGGAAUCUAGAACAAAACCAAGAGACUAUACACUGUAAAAGUCAAGAUCUCUCCCAAACUACUGGCCUCCAUAAUAGCCCAGGCCCUUCUCAAGAUUCCGGAAUUUACAAGAGUGCAGGUAACGCUCAUGAGCUGGGAGUCUCUAGGAGUCUAGGCCUUCCCCAAGAUUCUUGCCCACAGAAGAGCCUAUACCAAGACUCUGGAGUCAAUAAGAGCCCAGGCUUGAUCCAAACCUCUGGUCUCCAUAAGGGCUCAGGCCUUACCCGAGACUCCGGAGACUACAAGAAUCCAGGCCUCACUGAAGAUUCUGGAGUCAACGGGGACCUAGGCCUUACUCAAGAUUCUGAUCUCCAUAAGAAUCCAAGCCUUACACAAGCCACCGAAGUCAAAAGAUGUGGCCGUACACAAGACGAUGGAAUUUACAGGAGCCCGGAAUAUAUCCAAGACCCUAACUUCCACAAGUACCCAGGAGUUAAUCAAGAUCCUGGCCCCAAUAAGGGCCCAGCCCUUACCCAAGACCAUGGCCUCCCCAAGACUCAAAGCCUGAUUGGGGAAUCCAGGCUCCACAAGGAUUCAUCCCUUAUCUCAAAUCCCAACCACCACAAGAACCCAGGCCUUGCUGUUAGUACCGACUCAGUCCAAGUCUUGGGCCUACCUCACACCCCAAAGUCAUCACUGUGCCUGACGAAGCCUCAUGUAUCUGAAGAGGCUCCUCGGAAGGAAGAUGCGCAACAGCAGCUACCAUGGACUUCUGUCCCACUGAGUCAGAACUCCAGCUCCUCCAAGCCCCAGGUGAUGAUCUACAAUGACCUGCAAACCUUCUCAGAGGUCCCUUUGCUAAUUGAGCUGCAGCCAUCCUCCCGGCGAGCAGGCAGCCGGGACUGGGUGUACCGUCCUGUGGAUACAGCGCCUUCAGCCUACCAGAGCUAUCGCCAGAUGUCUAUGCCUCCCAAAAUCAACUGGAAGCCCUACUGCCCUGGGUCGGGCACCCGGGUAGGACAUGUGGUCUUUGAUGCCCGCCAGAGACAGUUUGGGGUAGGCAGGGACAAGUGUGAAGCUCUGUCUCCCAGGCGCGGUCGCCAAGAGGCAUCCAGCAACCCCCUGGAGACCAACAAGGAGUGGGGCUAUCAGUGUGUGAUGAGGACCUUGGAAAAAGAGGGGACAAAGGUGCAUCAGGAAUAA